CCUUCGACUGCGACAAAUCGAAUUCACCAUGCAGGUUAGGGGCCAACUUUGACAUCUAUUACCCCUAAUUAUCAAACAUAUUCCACGGUGAUGUCUGGAUACUUAGCAAGAGGAUGAAUUCACAGAAACAACCGAUUGGCUCACUAAUACUGAGCGCAUUUUGACCGUAGUUGGCACUUGGCCCAAGAAUAAAACUAACCUACGGUUUAUCCUGAGCCUCGUGUACAUGACAAUUUUCGUAGUUAUGCAGUGGGCAGACUUUGUAAGUCACAUCGACGACCUUCAGGAACUCGCGGAUAUUUUAUGUGAGACCGUUGUGGGUACGAUGGUUGUUAUAAAAUUAUUGGUUUUUCACAAGAAUCGAGUAUUAAGUAAGAUGAUCGAUGCAGUGAAUCAAGACUGUGAAAAUAACAAGACUCGCUUAAGUCCAAGCGAAAAAAGGAAAUACGCAUUGUGUAAUUCGAAGGGAAAAACGUUUGUCAAAAUUUUUACAUUUUUUGUCGGCGCCACGUGUGUCUUCUACUACUUGAAACCUCUUCCGAUAAUCGUACUUGCAGCAAAUCGAAAUGGCUCGACAUCUCUGGUUUUACCGUUUCGGACAAGUUUGUCUUUUGAAAGAACAGACGCCUACGUGUAUGCCGUUUUGUACGUUUGUCAAAUGGGGGCAUUGCUUCAGAUAUUUCUUGGGUAUGUCGGCACCCAUGCAUUACUCAUUACUCUGAUGAUGCAUAUAUGUGGCGAAUUGUCGGUUUUAUCCGAGAGAAUAGUUAAUAUAAAGAAGCAAAUGGAGAAAGGUCAUCGAUGCGAAAUUCAAAAGAUAAUAACGCGACAUUUACGUUUGAUAUGGAUGGCGAAGGAAAUAGACACCGCAUUCACCGUCGUCUUGUUGUCUCAAGUUAUAUCCUCUGAAAUAAUGAUAUGUGUCGCUGGAUUUAACAUGAUUGUGUAUUCCGCAAACAGUGAAAAGACUGCUUUUAUAACGUUUGCUUUUUAUGAGGUUGCGGCAUUGGUGGAUUUGUAUGUUUAUUGCUUCAUCGGCGAAUGUCUGAUAUUGGAGAGCACACGGAUCUCCGAUGCAGUUUAUGAUUGUGCUUGGUACGAGAUGCCGCCAUCCCAGGCGAAAGAUUUGAUCUUAGUCAUGGCCAGAUCUCAAAAGCCACUUCACCUCACUGCCGGGAAGGUUUUUGUUUUUUCCUUAGAAAUCUUUUCUGAAUUCGUGAAGACAUCAAUGGCAUAUUUAUCAGUCCUCAGAGCUAUGACUUGAGUGAUGAACAGCAUGAACUCGUCUAGCCACGAGGUGAGAGUCGAACUCUCAUCGCGAAUCAGCGAUACUGUCCUUGGGGCCUUCAAUAGUCUUACAGAAAUCAUUAGAAGAUAAUAUAAACCUCGCGAUUUCAGAGGUAGCUGAUAGCUUCAGCCAGGUUACACUUUAGCUCUUGCCAAUAGAUUUGACUACAAAUUAACGGAAUUAUUAUAAAGUGGAUGCAUGUCGUCUUUUCAGGGCGUUAUUCUACUGUCUGUUCCAGAUAGAAAAUGGACAUGAGAAAGUUAGAUCAGAAAUUGUGGCACGUGUAAUACGUUAUAGGCAAAAAUUUUGAAAGUGACGUCACUGGUGAUGAAUCACUAGCGUAUCAAUUGAAUAACUCGAGUAUUAUGCACAUUAUAUAAGAAAAAAUCUGGUACAAACGCGGAAGGUUAAUGCGCCGCCCUGAAGCUGGCGAAGCUCCCAGUCCGUUCAUAUAAUGGUUUUGACAGAAAUCUAACAGUGGAAUCUAAUCUGACUAUAGAAUGAUGCGAAGUCAUCUUGUGAAAUACACAAAUAGUGUACAUAAAGUUGC